AUUUUCUAAAUCUCCAAUAAGUUAUAAAUUUUGUCGCCGAAACAUGAACUGAAAGGGGACGUCCCCCAAAACACUUUGCCUCGCAACUCAUUUCACCUUGUUCGUCAAUCUCCCCCUGUCACACACUCCAGCAGUUGAAACCAGUCAACUUCGCUGCGAAUGGACAAAGAUCAAGACCAAGACGCCGCCAAAAUUGAGGAUUUCACAGCACCCCUAGACGAUGGCGGCGACGUCACUACCGCUGCCACUGAAAACCAUGACGCCGAUGACUCUGACCCAGUUACUGUCGGAGAUGGAGUUGGGGCCAGCGGUGCUAGUGGCGGUGGUGGUCGCGCCGGCAAGAGGACCGGCGAUAGAGUGAAGGGUCCUUGGUCGCCUGAAGAGGACGCCAUACUGAGUCGAUUAGUGAGCAAUUUCGGUGCGAGGAAUUGGAGCUUGAUUGCCCGUGGAAUUCCCGGCAGAUCGGGGAAAUCAUGUCGUUUGAGGUGGUGUAAUCAGCUUGAUCCUGCUGUCAAGCGCAAACCCUUUACUGAUGAAGAAGACCGAAUUAUACUCUCGGCUCACGCAAUUCACGGAAACAAAUGGGCAUCAAUUGCAAGACUCUUACCAGGAAGAACCGACAACGCAAUAAAAAACCAUUGGAAUUCAACCCUAAGAAGACGAGGUCACGAACUCGGUAAAUUCAACAUCGGGUCGGGUAACACCAUUGAAGACCCGAGUUUAGAAAGAUCAAAAGCAUCGUCAGAAGAAACCUUAUCAUGUGGGGACAUCAAUUCCUUCAAACCUCACGAAGGACCCGACAUCACAAGUGACCCUAACAAUCUCCAAAAUGACCAAACUACCCUUUUCCGUCCGAAACCCCGCGUAAGCGCGUUCAACGUUUACAACUCACAAACCGGUUCCGAAACAUAUCGGCCGACUGUUCUCAAGGGCGAUUUCGGGAUAAGUAAGUUGCUCGAAGGUGCGUAUGGUGAACGGUUAGCUCCUCAUCAAUGUGGCCAUGGUUGUUGUGACCCGAGUGGUCAAAGUCAAAGUCAAACUGAAAAGUCAAUAUUGGGUCCGGAGUUUGUGGAUUAUGUUGAACCGGGGUCGUUUUCAAGCCAUGAAUUGGCGGCUUUGGCAACGGAUAUAAGUAAUAUUGCGUGGCUUAGAAGCGGGCUUGAUAAUGGGCCGAAGCCCGGUGACCGUUUACGGGCCGAAGUGAUUUCAUCGCUGCCCGUUAGUUGGCAGGGUUCCGGGCAGCCCGCAAAUGUUGGGAGUUCGGGAUAAUAAUGUGUAAGUGAAAGUUUGUUUUCUUGAAUAUGUAGGCUUGUGUUGUGU